AUGGCCGGACCCAGCAGCUUGAAUCUAAGCUCUCGCGUCAGCUCCGAUCUCGAUGGUCUCUCAGAUGCAGAGGAGGAAUUUGUCUCGAGUGCCAGCACAACCUCCAGCGCGUAUGAGUCUCAGAUGAAGGAACCUGUGAAUGCGGGGAAUGCGAGUCCCCAGCAGCCGCAAGCUGCUAGCGGGUCUCCGGAAAACAACACCAACAACAAUAAUCACAACAACCCGCACAAGGCUGGGGGAGCGAAGACGGCGGUAACCUGCUGUGCUAGUCCCCAUGCAGCUUCCAAUCCGUCAAAAAGGAAGCCUUUGAACCUGCUUGACUUGCCCAUGGAUAUACUGCAGGAGAUCAUGAAAGAGGUGACCCACACGACCGAUCUCACAUCCCUUGCAUUGACCUGCUCUGCGCUUCAUUCGCUGGCGAUCCCGCAGAUGUACUCCCGGUUCGACAUCGUCUGGCCGGAAGCCCUAUCAACCUCCGACCAUCCGGCUGGCGUGGAUGCUCUGUCGUACGGGUUGGCGACUCUCGUGACCGGGGAGGAUAUAUUCCGCGAGGUGCCUGGCCGACGGUCAUCACAGCCGUGUCCACAUUGCGGAUGCAGCGGAGCGCCGCCCGGUCAGCAUGCGGCGGGCGCACUACCGCGAGUCCGCCGCGGCAACUACUACGCGCAGUAUACCCGCAAGUUCUCUAUCGGCAACGGGCCGUUGAUGUGGGUGCAGGAAUACGCGGUGACCAAGGAGACGGGCAAGAUGCUGGGGACGCUGGUGGCUCUGGCGGUGGCUCGGAUGGUGAACCUGGAGACCUUCGUCUGGGACAUGCCCACGGGAGUCUUGCGGGAUGUCUGGGUUGCGCUGGCGUCGCUGGCGACUCGCCCGGGCCACGAAUGUCGUCUGGAACGCGUUUGGGUGCGCUGGCACGAUAACUCCGACAAUGCCCUGCGGUCUCUGGUAGCCUCAGGUCCGACUGCGUCCUCGGUGACCUUGCCUCAUUCGCCGGCUACGGUUCUGGGGUCUACAGGGAAUACAGCAUCGUGGCAACGAUACGGACACGUGGAAUACCCCUCUCUGUCAAUCCUUCCACCAUUGAAGAGUCUGAGCGUGUUGGAUAUCGACGAGCCGUCGUAUUUGGAAGAGAUGGGCGUGUUGGUCGAGCGAUCGCGCGGUCGGCUGAAAGAACUCCGUAUUGGGAUUUCUCCCAAAGCGUAUCCAGCGGCAUGGCUGAAACCGGCAGGGGCCUGGCAAUCUGAGCAGCCAACGCCGCCGAACGGAAUCAUUGGCUGGCCCCGAUCUGGGGGCGUACUGGGGGUCGUUCUUGGCAGGUCUGAAGAUCACCACACUCGGCCCGAAUCACAGGCCCGUGUCUCUCCCACCAAGGAGGAUUCUGUUGAGACGCCUCCUGAAACUAGUCAGACGGCGGGUGACGUGCCUGUCCACGACGGGCCCCCGUUGAUAGCGGGGUCUCCGCCCCAACCGAACGGUGGUGUCACUGGGCUGGCCCUAAAUAUGGAACACACGCACAUCGCCAGCUCGCCCGCGUCCUCCCCUUCAGAAACUAGACCCUCGCCGAUCCCCAGCGGGCCAUCGAGGUCUGUCACGGGGGCACAAACGACGCCCGAAGACGAUCGCCCGCUGUUACAACUUGAGACACUCGAGCUGGAGCGCGUUGCACUGUCGAUCCCGGUGGCAGUGCAUGCACUCGACUGGAGCAAGCUGACCACGUUGACGAUCCUUCGCUGCGAGAACCACGAGAAGCUCUGGCGGGCUCUGCGGCGCCAGUACUCCCCGUCGCCGUCACGGCCGAAGAGUGGGGAGGGCCCAGAGUACAACCUUCGACUAAAGCACCUCCAUACGGAUGCCGUAUCGCCGUACCUGCUGCUGUUCAUCAAGGAUACGCUAGCGCCAAAUACCUUGGAGACCCUCUUCCUGCAUGAGGCGCCGAUGUCCGAGUCGAUCGUCAACAUCGACGCGAUCUACAAAAACGCGAUUCGUAAUCACCACCUGAGUCUGCAGAAGAUCCUGGUGGACAGCACCCAGCGCACGCCGGGGGGCGCGGAGAUGGCUAGCGUGCGAUGGUACAAGUGGAUGUUCACGCGCCAGAUGAUUACGUUCAUGAGCAGUGGUCGGAUGCCUCGGCUGAAGGAGCUGUCCAUUGCUCUCCACGCUAAGGACUGGCACUACUUCAUCCAGAGGCUCCCGUACAUGCCCCAGCUCCGUGCCCUGCACAUCCCGCACAUCGCCCGCCACGUCCACCGCGACCCGAAGGAACUGGCCAUGCUCAUCCUCGACGUGGUCACAAUCCGGCCGGAGAUCGGGCUGACCUACGUCGGGGUCCAGGACAAAUGCUACGAGAUCUUGGAGGGGAAGGACGGCGAGGCCGGCGGCGAGUACUACGACACGGACGACAGCCACAGCGAGGGGUUCGUGCCCGGCGGGGAGGACUGGCCGGGCUCCGAGACCAACGACGAGGAGGAGUCGGACGAGGACGGCGGGGCCAGCGCGAUCCAUACGCUGUCGGACUCGUCGUCGGACGACCGGGGCUCGUCGGACGGCGAGGAUUCGGAGGUGGACUUCAACCGGUCGCGGGUGUCGUUCCGGCUGCGGGAGAUUUUGUUCUACGAUGAUAAGAUCGCGAUUUACAAGGCACGACACGGGGUGUUGUGA